AUCGAGAAAGAGAACCAAGAGUAGACGAGCAUUCGCGUGCUAGCUGGAAUGAGCCAGCACCGUGUAUCCUUUUUGAUCGUGUGAUCGGUGUGCUCCAGAGAGGAUCUGGCAACAACGGCCGGAGGAGUGAUCUUGCAGGAGCAUUGGCCACGCGAGAACGAGACGGGUGGAAAGGAAACGACUUGGUGAUUUUCGAUUGGAACGUGAUGGGGACCAGAGCGGUCGCAGUUGGCGCAGCACCAGGUGCGGCGGGGGUGCCGGGCGAGGCUGGUUUAGCCGGUGUACCCAGACUCCUGGAGGACCUGGCUCGACUAUCGGAGGACAAAGAUACAGCUGACAUCGUCUUUCUGCUGGGUCGUGACGAGUCACCGAUCUACGCUCACAGAAUUAUACUCCAGGCGAGGUGCAAGAACUUCACGACAACGAAGAGGAUCGGGACCGCUGGAAAUCCUAGCCCGGUCCGUAUGCCGCACGCCCAUUCGGAAACAUUUCGGCAAUUCAUUCAUUACAUUUACACGGGCAAGAUCAUGCUACAGGACAGUGGCAUCUUCGAGAUGUUGGGACUCGCUCAAGAACUCGGAGUCGAGGAACUUUGGAGAAGUUGCGAGGAACACGUCUCUGCCACUCUCAGCCCCGGAAACGCGUGUGCUCUUUUGACUGCAGCCUUGGAUGCCCAAGAACGAGUUCCAGGUGGUAAAGGAGCCUGUUCAUCUUUCAUUGAGAGAUGUUUCGCGUUUAUUGGAGAGAAUGCAGUAGACACAGUUAAAACAACAGCAUUCUGUAAUCUUCCCAAAGAUGCCUUGGUGAAGCUCAUAUCUUCGGACUACCUGGGCUUGGAAGAAGAGGAUGUUUGGCGAGCAGUUCUGAGUUGGGCUAAAUAUCAGGCAGGGGUGACGCAGCCUACUCAACACUGGACAGAGGAGGAACGCGUGAGGGUUUGCCAACAUUUAUCGGGGGUGAUAAAUCAUGUACGGCUGCUACUAAUCGACAGCCAGGUGUUCGCGGAGGAAGUAGAACCGACCGGAGCAGUGCCAAUAGAGCUAUCCUUGGAGAGGUACGAAUUUUUCAAUCCCGAUCGAUCAAGCGGCUCGAAAUUCCUAAGGUAUAGGUAUGCAGCGCUACCGAAUAAAUACGCCGAAAUUUGCGCGGACAAGAGGCUACAACCAAGAGUCAGUCCAUUCCUCUUCCCUGGGUCGCAGAUUCUGUCACGGGAUAAGAUGGGCUUUCAGCGUCUUCUGAAUCAGUGGUAUGGAUCGACAAAACAGAGCUGGCGUUUAGUGUACCGAGCCUCUAGUCAUGGUUACUCGGCAACAUCGUUUCAUCGUCACUGCGAUGGAGUUUGUCCAACAUAUGUGAUUGCAUUGGGAACCCGAGGGGAAAUCUGUGGGGGAUUUAGCGAUGCGCCAUGGGGCAAAACGAACGCCAAAGGACACUACAUUUUCUCAGAGAAAGCUUUCCUCUUCACCUUAACAAACAAUCAAGAUGUACCUCCUACAAAGUACGACAUUGUGAAGAAGCCAUUUGCAAUUUGCUAUCAUCCAGACAUUGGACCAAUUUUUGGAGCAGGAGCUGAUCUGCUUAUUUCCAGUAAUUGCAACGUGAACAUGGAAAGUUAUAGUAAUCUUCCUCAUAGUUACGAUGGAGAACAUGCUUCCAAUACUGUUCUUAUGGGAGAUUACCAUUUCUCUGUAGUAGACUAUGAAGUGUUUACUCCUAGCUACCCAGUUCCAAAAUCCACUCAUUAAAACUAUACAAAUAUCUUUCCUUUCAUAAGUUUGUACAUAUAUAGCUACACGAGUACAACAUGAGAUGGAAAUGUACUAUUAAAAAUUAAUGCAUAAGAGUGCAGUUUGUUGUUCAGUUUAAAAUUGAAGGUAAACUUAAAUGUGCAAAGGGUACGAUUAGCAGAAAUAUAAUUUUUAUACUUAUCGGAAU